AUGUCAAUUGAAUCUAGAAAGGCUAGAGAUCAAGCAUAUGAAGAAGAAAAACUUCAUCAUACUCCAUGGGUUGAAAAAUAUCGUCCUAAAUCAUUAUCUGAUAUUUCAUCACAAGAACAUACAGUUAAAGUAUUAACACAAACAAUUACUUCAGGUAAUUUACCACAUAUGUUAUUUUAUGGACCACCAGGUACAGGUAAAACAUCAACUAUAUUAGCAUUAGCUAAAACAUUAUAUGGACCUAAUUUAUAUAAAUCAAGAGUAUUAGAAUUAAAUGCAUCUGAUGAAAGAGGGAUAUCUAUAGUUCGUGAAAAAAUUAAAAAUUUUGCCAGAUUAACAAUAAGUAAUCCAAGUAAAGAAGAUUUAGAAAAAUAUCCAUGUCCACCUUAUAAAAUAAUUAUAUUAGAUGAAGCUGAUUCAAUGACUAAUGAUGCACAAUCUGCAUUAAGAAGAACAAUGGAAACUUAUGCUGGUAUAACAAGAUUUGUAUUAAUUUGUAAUUAUAUUACAAGAAUUAUAGAUCCUUUAACUUCACGUUGUUCAAAAUUUAGAUUUAAAUUAUUAAAUAAUGAAAAUGCUUUAUUAAGAUUAAGAUUUAUUGCUAAUGAAGAAAAUUUAAGAUAUACUGGUGAUGACGUAUUAAAUGAAGUUUUAAAAAUAAGUGCUGGAGAUUUAAGAAAAGGUAUUACUUAUUUACAAAGUGCUGCUAAAUUAAGUUCAACUUUUGAUGAUAAUGAUGAUAAAGGUAUUAUAACUGUUAAAACAAUUAGAGAAACUGCUGGGAUUUUACAUGAUGAUGUAUUAAAUGAAUUGAUUGAUAUUAUGAAGAGUAAAAAUGUUCAAAAAAUAAUUCAAGCAGUUAAUGAAAUUGAAUUAAAUGGUUGGUCUGCUCAAAUAUUAUUAGAUCAAUUACAUGAUAUUUUAAUCUUGGAUGAUAGAUUGGAUUCUUUAGCUAAAAAUAAAAUCGCUAAAUUCUUCUUUGAACUGGAUAGAAAAUUAAAUAAUGGUACUGAUGAACACAUUCAAUUGUUGAAUAUAAUAUUACAAGUUUCAAAUGUAUUAUAA